AUGGGUCCCUAUGUGGUGCUUGAUGUACCAGUGAAUACCACGUCUCUAUGUGAAAAGACGACAGCACUUCUUGAUACUUAUACCGCAGAGGGUGAUACUCUUAUAAAAGUGGUACGUUGUGCAAAACACUACGGUGCCGCAUUAUUUCGUACUGGUCGAUUGGUCUUGUUAGCACCUGAGUCUGAAAAGAAGCAUGGAACUAAAAUAGAAAGUGGUGAUGGUAUUGUUUGUGAUGUUGCUGCAGGUGAUAAUCAUAUUGUUUUCUGUAAGGAUGAUGGAACAGUGUUUUCUUUUGGAUACAGUAAUAAAUAUGGACAAUUAGGUGAUGGAACCGUCUGGGAGAGUUACUUUUUAGAGAAAUCUAGUAAUAGUAAUGAUAAUGAUGAUGAUGAUGAUGAUGAAUUGCCGAUAUUAUCUCCUCCACGUAAGAUUAACGGAUUUAGUCUUGGUAAAAGGGGUAAUGAAGAGGGUGAUGUUGUAGAGGGAAAACGAAUUUGUGUACCUGUAAUUGCUGUAGCUUGUGGUGCUUUUCAUACCUUACUCUUAACAAGUCAGCGAAAUUGUGUUUAUGGUUGUGGUCUUGGUUUAGAAGGACAACUGGGUGGAAGCCGACGUCCAUUAUUACAACCAUCAUUUAAAUCUAUUCAUCUUUUAUUUGGAUUACCUAUUAAGCAAAUUGUGGCUGCAGGAAAACAUUCUUUUGUUCUUCUUCAAACUGGAAAAUUAUUCGCUUUUGGUGAUAAUACAUCUGGACAACUUGGAUUUGGUUCUACACAUUCUGUUACUACUCCAACAGCUGUUAAUUUUUCAGUUACCGGUUCAAAUGAAAAGAGUAAAAAAAAGAGAAUAGAUGCUUCUACUCUUAAAGGGUUAAGAGCUGCAUGGGGAAGUGCAGAAAGUAUGUAUUUUCCUUUACGUGUUGAACGGUUAAGUCCAGAAUUAGAUCCUGAUGAACCUUUUAUUGUGUCUAUUUGGACUUGUGCUAAUAGAAGUGUUGCUCUUGCUAAUACAAUGGAAUGGUUCUCAUGUGGUCUUCCAUUAUCUAGAGCCCCUUGUGAAAAAGGUGGAAAGAUUUUACGCAAGAGAAUGGAUAGUUAUGGUCCAUUAGGACGUUGGAUGGGUCGUAAAGAAGAAGCUGCAUUUUUUGGAAAAAUGCAAUGGUCAGAAAGGAUUGCCCUUUCCCUUGGUAUUAGUCAUUUUCCUUUAUUAUCAAAUGAUGGAGUCUCCUUUGAUGAGAUUAUAGCUUCCAUUUUUGUUUUUUGUACGAACCAUGCCGUUUUUAUACUUAUUCCCAAAAAUGAGAAGGAAAACCAGACAUUUUUAUUUGUUGAAGGGGAAGCCAAAAAUGUCUAUUUAGUUGAUAAAAAUGGAGAUCAAUCACCGUUAGAACCUACUGUUUUGGCCGAAAAACUUAUUUAUGAUCACAAAGUUGAUGAUGAUUCUUCAGAGUACAUUCUUCCUGAAGCUCAUUCUAUUUUUCUUUCAGAAAGACUUUUGGUCGCCGUUUAA